CCCCCCCUCAUCAGGUCCCCUUGACUGUCUCCUUCACACAGUCAGUGGGCUCGCAGGCAGACGCAGCUGAACCUACACCCGGGCUGGCCGCUGUCCUCGCAAUACGGGAGACACCAGGGACCUUGCAAUGAUCUCGCUUGACUUCAAUUUCAACAUUCUGACAAGGGACCUGUCGCAUUAUUUGGAGAAUCAAGUGAAAGUUGGGCUGUUCGGCUCGGGAGUCGGGCUGUCUCUGGUGCUGGGCUUUAGCGCAGCGUACACCUGCUACUAUUUGGUGUCAGUGGCAAAGAAGCCGCAGCUCAUCUCUGGGGGUAAGAAGUUCUGCCAGUUUCUGAGGGAGCAAUGUCCGGUGGUGUCAGAGACCUACUACCCCACCUUUUGGUGCUGGGAGAGCCGCAUCCAGACCCUGCUGAGACCCUUCGUUACAGCCAAGCCCGGGGUGGUAUACAGAAAUGAGCUUAUUAAGGCAGCAGAUGGAGGACAGAUCUCUUUGGAUUGGUUCGACAACAACGACAGCCUUUCUCAUCCUGACCCAGCGACCAGGCCCACAGUCCUGCUUCUCCCUGGACUGACGGGCACCAGCCGAGAGUCCUACAUCUUGCACAUGGUCCAGCAGAGCCGGGAUCUGGGUUACAGAUGUGUGGUUUUCAACAACAGAGGGGUUUCUGGAGAAACACUGCUGACCCCGAGGACGUACUGUGCGGCCAACACAGAGGACCUGGAGACCGUUAUCGAGCACAUCCAGAGGACCAAUGAAGCUGCUCCGAUCAUGGCCGCAGGAGUUUCCAUGGGCGGGAUGAUGCUGGCCAACUACUUGGGACGCAAGGGCCGGGAAACUUGUCUGAAAGGGGUCGUCGUCUUCUCAGCGGGCUGGGAUGUGUUUGAGUGCACCGCUUCACUGGAAAAACCUCUGGACCGUUUCCUCUUCAACUCCUACCUCACCAGCUGCCUACAAGCCUCUGUGCACAGACACAGACCGGUGCUUGAAAAGUGUUACGACAUCGAUCAUGUCAUGAAGGCAAAGACCAUCCGGGAGUUUGACGAGAGGUUCACCUCCAUAAUGUUCGGUUAUCCCACCAAUGACGACUACUACCGCGAUGCCAGUCCUGUCCACAGGCUGAAAUCUGUGCAGGUGCCAAUGCUGUGUCUGAACGCUGCUGAUGAUGUCUUCUCUCCGUCUCACGCUAUUCCAGUGGAUGCAGUGAAGCAGAAUCCCAACCUGGCCCUAAUUAUUACCUCUCACGGCGGCCAUAUUGGUUUCCUGGAGGGCCUGUGGCCACGACAGAGUACUUACAUGGACCGAGUGUUCAAGCAGUUUGCGAAGGCGGUCAUCGAACAAGGCAGCCGACUCAAGGACCUCUCCUGAUAAGACAAACUUAACAAUGUUCCUCUAGUUUUACGUCUUUAUUUCUCCUCUCUUAUUCAUUGUUUCUUCUCUGUCAUCCAUCUUUUCUUGCUGCAUUCCAUUGUUUCUUCGUUUGAUUUCUUAACACAUUCUUUUCUCUUACCUUCCUACCAUUGUCCCUUCCUUUGACCAUUUUUUCGUCUUUCAUCAUUCCCACCAUCCUUUUAUUCUUUCCAUCCUACCAACCCUGUUCUAGCUUUUUCCUUCCUUCCUUCCAUUGGCUUUGUUUUAUUUCCACCCUCCGUCCCUUUCUCCAUCCUGCCACAAGCAAAAAACAUCUUUCUUUCUCAUUUGAAGGGCACAUCUUAUCGAAUGCAGCGUUUGUGUUGCCUUCAACAUCCAUGUAUUUAUUCCAUGUAGUUAACAAAGCUGUGAUCAUGCUUUCAAAUUCUAGCUUGGCGCCUCACGUCCCCUCUGAACCACUAAAUGUGCGUCUGUGUUAUUUAGUUGCGUUAGCUAGCUAAAUAGUUCUGUGACUACCCCGUGCAAUCAUUUUCUUAUAAAGUCAACAGAGGUACUGUACACAAUACUCCAAUCAUUUGUCUUCAGAACACAUCCUUUAGUGCUUAAAUCACUAGAAGUUUUAGGCCUCAGGGAUUUUGUUUAUUUAAUCACAUUCUCUCCUUCCUGUGUAAUAUUGUUUUGUCAGUUAUCUUGAGUUUGUAUUUUUCCUCAAUCAUACAAAAGUUUGUGUUAAUUACCUGUUGGCAUAUAGCAGCAUCUGUCCUUUAAAGUUUGACUUUUUGGGAAAUUGUAUCAGAUAGUUGAGAUGAUUGAUUGCAUUUUCUGUAAAAUAUGAAGCUACUGCCACAAGGCGGCUAGCUUAGCACAACAUAAAGACUGGAAGCAGCAGCUAGCAAACCAGCCAACCAACCAACCAGCAGUUCUAAAACUCUGUAAAUACCCUGGUACAUCUCAUUUGUUUAAAGCAAAGGUGCGUUCAUUGCAUCCAUCACCUUUGAGUUCCUAGACUUCUUUAAGCUAAUCAGUGCCAGUUAAAUCCCUCAUGUUUUACAGCAUACAGGAGUUUUGAAUUCGGUGUCUGUUGUCACCACAACAACCAGUAGAGAUGUGUGGAUUAGUCUGUUAGUAGCUGUUAGAGCUGUAGUGUUGGAGCAUCCCUAACGAUGGAGAGCAGGGACUUGGAGUCUGAUGGAGAAACCUUGGUUACAGAUGUAACUCGGGUUCUAUGAGUUCAUAUUCUCUGGCAUUCAGGAACAAUAACAUAAAAUUAAUUAACCUGAGUUGAUGCAUGAAAACAUGCAACAACCAAAGACGUCCAUAUUAAAAUGCCCAACAUUACAACUGAAAUAAACAUGUUUAAAGCCUUUAUACAAAAAAAAAAAAAAACAGCUGCUGUUGCCAUAGCGGAAGUCACCAUUUAUGGCAAAUUUACAACCAGUAGAUAUUAAGAUAAGCCAGCUGUUAAAGCUUGAUUUAAGCUCGAGCCCGACGUAUGCUCCACUUUUUUGUCCAUUUUUGAAUAAGUUGGGACCUAGUCGAAGUCAGUCA